GUGGCAAUAAUGGCAUACGAGAGGUGCGGCUGUUAUACACGGAUCAAACAACGGACACAAAGUCCGGUGUAUAUCCAUUGGUUAGGGGUCGGCCCCUAUUUGCCGAGGUGGAUUUCGUGCCAACAUACAUACCGGCGCUAA